AUUUUGAAACCGGAAGUGCUUUGUUUAUCUUCUGGAUUGACACUUGAAGCCGUGGACACACGUGGAUAAUGGAGCUCUGCAAAACAGGACUGUAACAUCAACUUCAUUACCAGCUGAGCCACGAAAACCACGAUGAAGGUGAAAGAGAAGCAGCGGAGGGAGGUGGAGGCCUCGAAGAGGACGAGGACGACGAGCAGCAGCGAUGAUGACGACGACUCUGACGUGGAGAGGAACUUCACUCUGCUCACAGAGAGAGGAGGAAGAGGAGGAGCUGAGGAGGGAGAGAGGUACCAGGGAGGAGAGGAGGAGGAGGAGGAGGAGGAGGAGGAGGAGGAGGAGGAAGGGUCUGAUGGAGAUGGAGAAGAAGAAGAGGAAGAAUCAGAUGAUGGUGAUGAAGAGGAGGAGGCUGAGGGAGAGGAUGAAGACGAUGGGGACAGUGAGGCCUCAGAGGAGGAGGAGGAGGAGGAUGAAGACUCAGAGGUUGCUGGUGGCAGCAGUGAGCUCCAGACCAGAGACGACAUUAAAAAAGAACUGUCCAACAUGUCUUUUGAGGACAUCAUGAAGCUGCAGAGCAAAGUGGGAACCAAAGUUUACAACGAGGUCGCCUACGGCAGCGCCAAGAAACGAGAGACGGGCAAGAAGAAACGGCUGAACAAGAACAGACCGAUGGAGAUCUCAGCCAAGAAACCAGCUCCGUUCCUCCGUCAGGUCGUCCCCAUCAAGAAACCAACGCUGAGAGAUCCUCGAUUUGACGACCUGUCCGGAGAAUACAAACCUGAGAUCUUUGACAAGACGUAUAAAUUCAUCAACGACAUCAAACAGAGAGAGAAAGAGGUCAUCCAGAAGCAGCUGAAGAGGACGAAGAAGAGCAACCAGAGGAAGGAGAAGCUGCAGUUCCUUCUGAAGAGGAUGGAAAACCAGGAGCGAGCGAGGAAGAGCCGAGAGCAGCAGAGAGAGAGAGAGCUGCAGUUCAAGAGGCAGCAGAGAGAACGAGCCAAUCAGGGCGCUCGACCGUUCUUCAUCAAGAAAUCUGAGAAGAAGAAGCUGCAGCUGGCUGAGAAAUACCAGGAGCUGAAGAAGAGCGGCAAACUGGAGAGCUUCCUGAGCAAGAAGAGGAAGAGGAACGCCGGGAAGGACCGCAGGAAGCUGCCGCAGCAGCAGCACUAGAAGGCUGCGUGAGGCGUUCACUGACACAACAGCUCAAGAUGAACUCACUGGACAGUCCGGCUGCUGCAGCCUGUAAUGACCUGUGUCUGCCUGCUGGUGGAGCUGUGGUCUGUCGCUCUUCAUGGACAAUCGUUUUAGUUUGAUAAAGUAAUUUGGACUGAAACUGAAACACGUACUCAGUUGAAAGGUCAGGAACAGUUUGUAAGUAAGUCGACCUUGAGUCUAGAUCAUUUUGUCAAACUCAGUGUCAGAUUUAUCCUCGACUCACCUUUAUGUUGUUGUCAGAGCUGAAUGAUCUUUACUAAAAAAUCUCUUUGGUGCAUUCAGGGACACUCGGACAUCUGAAUGUUCAGUGAAACGUAUCUUUUACAGGAUGUCAGCAAAUCAAGGAGCAAACACGGAAGAAAAAGUAGAGUCCAUAAACACACCAUGUUUGAGUUUUCUAUGGUGACAUGAGGAUAAUGUAACGGACUGUGGUGGAUUCAUUUCUCUCUUGGUUUUUAUAGAAAUGUUUGUGUGAAGACUCUGUACAGAUGUUUUGCUGCUUCACUUCUCUUUUUUUAAUAAAAUGAUAUCUGUA